UUGAAACAAGCAUCACUAUUAUAAGACAUUUUCCACUAGUUUCCAAGUCUCCUUUGUUAUUCUGCUUGCUUGCUGGUAUCAGGAAAUCCUUGAAAAGCAAUACUAAUUCUUCUUUAAAUGCUCCAAUUAGGCAGGAAAAAAAUAGUUCCACCUCCAGAGAUGACGCAAAAGUUUAGUAUACAGAGAAACAACUCAGUGUUUCUGGAAUGCAGGAUCCCCCAAAUGACAGAAGACAUGGCCAGGACUGCACUCCUUAGCUUUGUCAAUUCCAAAUGUUGCUAUGGCAGCAGAGCAGCGGGAGAGUUAGUCAUUCAGGAGCUGAAGCGGCAGACAUUGUACAGAUAUCGACUUGAGACCUUUAAUGAAACAAGAUUAUGCGAAUGGACUUUUGAACCUUAUACCAAUACUUUGGUAGAUGGACCUCAAAAUGGUACAUCCCCUCAACCAUGGGAUAUUAAAGUCCAAGUACCAAAGAUGUUUCAGGAAGACACAAAAAAGUUUCGUGUACCUCAUUCUUCUUUAGUCAAGGAAUGUCACAAAUGCCAUGGACGAGGUCGAUACAAGUGUAGUGGAUGCCAUGGUGCAGGCAGAAUGAGGUGUGUUACAUGCAGUGGAGCCAGGCAUAAAGCAAAAGCAAAAUAUCUGCAACAUCCGAAGAGGUGCCAGAUGUGUUCAGGCACUGGUCGUAAGAGGUGCAGCACUUGUUCUGGAAGAGGAAAUAAGACAUGUACAACCUGCCAAGGAGAGAAAAAGUUGCUACACUUCAUCCAGCUGAUAAUAACUUGGAAAAACAACAUAUAUGAAUUCAUUUCUGAACAUGAGUUGAACUUUCCAAGGGAACUGCUCAACAAAGCCAUGGGAGAGAACAUUUUUAAAGAUGAAAACACUCUGGUAUAUCCCCUUGUUGACUUUCCAUACACUCAGAUCUCACUGGCCUCACAAAAGGCUAUUGCAGAACAUAAUGCCAUAUUCUCUGGCACAUCUCGCAUUCUACAGCAGCGACAGACUGUUGAGUUAAUUCCUGUCACUGAAGUCCACUACCUGUAUGCCCAGGAGAUGCACCUUUAUUAUAUCUAUGGAAUGGAGAACAAAGUCUACGUCCUGGACUACCCAGAAAGAUACUGCUGUGGUUGCAACAUCCUCUGACAAAUGAAUGCUUUGUGAGGCUGUUUCCUGGGCCAUAAGCCAUUCUUAUGGGCUGUGCUAUCCAAAUGACAAGGGGUGGUGAAGCAGGAGCUGAGUGCAAAUGGACUCACUCUUUAAUACUAGGGUGAACAAUGUUAUCUUACUUGCUCAGAGUAGGCAUCCCUUAAUUAUAGCUCCCCCGAUUUGAUGACACAGUUUCAACAGUUAAUAUUAAUGUACCUCCUAAAGUUUGAGUUUUUAACAUGUAUCCUCUAGAAAAAGACAUUUUAUCUGGGGGUGUAAGUAAUGGAGGCAGGAAGAAUGUCAGUAAAUUCUCCAAUAAUCUGUAAUAUUUUUUUCAAUAAUUUUAGAAUUCUCUGCCUUGAUUGAUGUGUUUUUCUUUAAAAUUUAGAUUGCUUUACAUUUCAUUUGAGAUCAGUAGCGAGAUGACAAAGUCAAGACAGCUGUUUGCUCUUGUUCAGGACAUUAAAAAUAAAAGUAUAUAAAAAUAUAUAGCAUGUACCUUCUUUUACAAAAGGUUACACACAUAUAGUGACAUGCUAAAUUAUGAGAUGAUCUGUAAAGUAUUUUAUGUCAGUAGAGUAUAUUACCACAUUGGGUACAAAAUCCUUUUAUUUGACAAAGAAAAUAAUAACUAUCUCUCAGAUUUCCAUUUGCUGUGUGUAUGACCAUUUGAUUAAAAAUGGGCUGUGAUAUUAGGCAGAAGGGGUGGGGCAUCAUGAUAUCUAUCUGCAUGGCAUUUAAAAGUAUUUAUAUAUAAGCUAGGAGAGGCAAAAUCGGUGCUGGUUUUCUACUGGAUCUCAAGAAAUUGUGUGUUCUAAUACGAUACAAUAUACUUCAUUGGCUG